CUGGGUUUUGGCAGCCAUCCGCCAUCCGCCAUCCUGGCCCAUCCUAGCUCAUCCAUUAAAAACCGAUAAUACAUGCUAACCUCUAUGUAAUGUAACCAGUAUUACAGGUAUUGCAUUGUACAUACAGCGGUACAACAUCACACAACGCCGUCGACAAAAACUCCCCAUCACCUUAUUUUAUUUCUCCUUCUUCAAUACAUAGUAGUUGCGAGCAUCACUGCCAUAAUCUACUUCUUCUUUUUUUCCUCUCUUGAAGGGCCUGCCAAGUUUUAGAUCCCUUUUUUUCUUCUCCAGGCCCUCCUCUCUCUCUCUCACUUCUAUACACCGAUUCUCUAGUGACUUUAUAGAGGCUUUCUUUCGUUCAAGUACAUAUUUCCUCGCUUGUCCUUCCUGUCCAACCAGCGAAAUUCGAGCGAACCCCCCGAUACGAAUGCCUCGUGCUACUUACCGCUUCCCCCUUAUAAGUGGCCUAAUAUCUUUCCAGCUCUCGCGACGCGACCGAACUUAAUUUCUACUAUAUUCCCCCUCCUCCCCGCACGAAGUUAAUUAAGUAGCCUCUCAUGUCGCAUAGCUACGAUGUCGGUACGAGAGCUUGGCAGCCGGAUGCCACCGAGGGCUGGGUGGCGUCCGAGGUUGUCAAGAAGACCGUCGACGGUGACAAGGUGACCUUGGUAUUCAAGCUCGAAAAUGAAGAGACCAAGACGAUAGAGCUCUCCGCCGAGGCCCUGCAAAAUGCUAACGAUCCGUCUUUACCACCGUUGAUGAACCCUUCCAUGCUCGAAGCCAGCGAUGAUUUAACAAAUUUGUCCCAUCUUAACGAGCCGGCCGUACUCCAGGCCAUCCGUCUACGAUAUGCGCAAAAAGAAAUAUACACCUACAGUGGUAUAGUCCUAAUAGCUACGAACCCGUUUGCUCGGGUCGACUCUCUCUAUGUCCCGGGCAUGGUUCAAGUUUACGCUGGCAAGCAGAGGGAGACGCAAGCCCCCCAUCUGUUUGCCAUCGCUGAAGAAGCUUUCAUAAAAAUGGUUAAAGAUGGCCGGAAUCAAACAGUCGUAGUUUCGGGAGAGUCGGGUGCUGGUAAAACCGUCAGUGCCAAAUACAUUAUGCGAUACUUCGCUACGAGAGAAUCCCCAGAUAAUCCAGGGGGUCGAGUCAAGAAGGGUUCCGAAGGCAUGAGUGAGACGGAAGAGCAGAUUCUGGCGACUAACCCUAUCAUGGAAGCAUUUGGUAACGCUAAGACUACCCGAAACGACAACUCUUCGCGAUUUGGAAAGUACAUAGAGAUCAUGUUCGACAAUAAGACCAACAUUAUCGGCGCUAGGAUCCGGACGUAUCUCCUUGAACGGUCGAGAUUGGUCUUCCAACCCCUGAAGGAAAGGAACUACCACAUUUUCUAUCAGUUACUGGCCGGUGCAUCAGACAAGGAACGACAGGAGCUUAGCCUGCUACCGGUCGAGCAGUUCGACUACCUUAACCAGGGAAACUCUCCUACGAUCGAUGGCGUGGACGACAAGGCCGAGUUUUUUGCCACUAAGAGUUCACUGAAGACGAUCGGUGUCGACGAAACUCAGCAAGCCGGUAUCUUCAACCUCCUCGCCGGUCUGCUGCACCUGGGUAACGUUAAGAUCGGUGCUUCCAGGAACGACAGUGUACUAGCCCCUACAGAACCUUCUCUGGAGAAAGCUUGUAGCAUUCUUGGAAUCGACGCUACGGACUUCGCCAAAUGGAUCGUAAAGAAGCAGCUUGUCACUCGAGGCGAGAAGAUCGUCUCAAACUUGACGCAGCAGCAAGCUAUAGUCGUGCGAGACUCGGUGGCCAAAUAUAUCUACUCAAGUCUUUUCGACUGGUUGGUGGAGGUCAUCAACAGGAGUCUUGCUACCGACGAGGUUUUAAGCCGUCUUACCUCGUUCAUUGGUGUUCUUGAUAUUUACGGUUUCGAGCACUUUGCUAAGAACUCUUUCGAGCAGUUCUGUAUCAACUACGCCAAUGAAAAGCUACAGCAGCAGUUCAACUCGCACGUAUUCAGGUUAGAACAAGAAGAAUACGUGCGGGAGCAAAUCGACUGGAAGUUCAUCGAGUUCUCUGACAACCAGCCGUGUAUCGAUUUGAUUGAGGGCAAACUGGGUAUUCUGUCCCUUCUUGACGAAGAGUCUAGGUUGCCUAUGGGUGCUGAUGAGCAAUUCGUCACGAAGCUUCAUCACAACUUUUCCUCAGCUAAGAACAAGUUCUAUAAGAAGCCCCGAUUCGGGAAAUCUUCGUUUACCGUCUGCCAUUAUGCCGUCGAUGUCACGUACGAGUCGGAGGGUUUCAUCGAGAAGAACAGGGAUACAGUUCCCGACGAGCACAUGGAGAUUCUCCGAGCAACGACCAACGAGUUCCUCAGCAGCGUGCUCGCAGCAGCAUCCGCCGUCCGUGAGAAGGACGUCGCGGCUUCCGGCUCCGCCGUUGCGAAGCCCGCAGCUGGAAGGAAGAUCGGAGUUGCUGUUAACCGCAAACCGACUCUCGGUGGCAUUUUCCGUUCCUCAUUAAUCGAACUGAUGAACACCAUCGGCAACACAAACGUCCACUACAUCCGUUGUAUCAAGCCGAACGAGGCCAAGGUUGCAUGGAAGUUUGAAGGACCUAUGGUUCUCAGUCAGCUGAGAGCUUGCGGUGUCCUCGAGACUAUCCGCAUUAGUUGCGCUGGUUAUCCAGGUCGAUGGACAUACGAGGAAUUUGCCCUUCGGUACUACCUAUUAAUACCGUCCAGCCGAUGGCAAACCGAGAUUCGACAGCUCGUCAAGGAGAUUCUCGCGCAGGCACUGGGUUCGCUCACGGGUACUGGAACCGACAGCUACCAGCUAGGUUUGACCAAGAUUUUCUUCCGUGCGGGUAUGCUCGCGCACCUGGAAAACCUCCGCCAGCAACGGAUGACCGAAGCCGCUACCAUGAUCCAGAAGAAUCUCAAGGCCAAGUACUACCGACGCAAGUAUCUCGAGGCAAGAGCUGCCAUUGUUACAUUCCAGUCCCUUGCCAGAGCCUAUCAUACCCGAAAGGCCGCUCAAGAACUGCGUACAGUCAAGGCUGCAACAACAAUACAAAGAGUAUGGAAGGGAUAUAAGCAGCGCAAGGCGUUCCUGCGUGUUCGCAACAGUGUCAUACUUGUACAAGCUGUUGCGAAGGGUUAUCUGCGAAGGAAAGAGAUUAUGGAAACUCGCGUGGGCAACGCUGUUCUUCUAAUCCAACGAGUGUGGCGAUCGAGACGACAGGUCAGGACGUGGAAAAAUUAUCGCAGGAAGGUUAUCCUUGUACAGAGCUUGUGGCGCGGAAGACAAGCGAGGAAGGAAUACAAGACGAGGCGCGAGGAGGCUCGCGACCUGAAGCAGAUUUCCUACAGGCUGGAAAACAAGGUCGUCGAACUUACACAGUCUUUGGGUACUAUGAAGACCCAGAACAAGAGUCUUCAGAGCCAGGUGGAAAACUACGAGAACCAAAUCAAGUCGUGGAAGACCCGUCACAACGCCCUCGAGACCCGGACAAAAGAGCUUCAGGCCGAGGCCAACCAGGCUGGUAUCGCCGUAGCCAAGUUACAGGCUAUGGAGGAGGAGAUGAAGAAGUUGCAACAGAACUUCGACGAGUCAACCUCAAGUGUCAAGCGGAUGCAAGAGGAAGAGCGGGAGCUCAAGGAGUCCCUGCGAACCGCAAAUGCCGAGCUGGAACGCAUCAAGCGGGAGAGCACGCUUCACGAGAACGAGAAGAUGACCCUGCGAGAUCAACUAGCCCAGAUGGCCGAAGAGCUCGAGUUGGCCAAACGGUCGGUUCCUCUCAACGGAGAGCUUACCAACGGCAACGGUGUUACUGCUCCUCCCAACGGUCUCAUCAACUUGGUGUCGUCCAAGAAGCCCAAGCGCAGGAGCGCCGGCGCGGAACCCAGCGGGAUGGACCGCUUCAGUGCCGCCUACAACCCUCGCCCUGUCUCUAUGGCUGUUACCAACGCCAGACCUACCGGUGGCUACAUCCCUGCUGCCGACACUAUCGAGAUGGAGUUGGAGAACUUACUUGCCGACGAGGAUGGCUUGAACGAGGAAGUCACAUUAGGCCUAAUCAAGAACCUAAAGAUGCCAUCACCAAACACCAAUCCUCCUCCUUCGGACAAGGAGGUUCUUUUCCCCUCUUACCUCAUCAACCUUGUCACGUCCGAGAUGUGGAACAAUGGCUUCGUGAAGGAGUCGGAAAGGUUCUUGGCAAACGUUAUGCAGUCGAUCCAGCAAGAAGUGAUGCAUUACGAUGGGGACGACGCAAUCAACCCCGGUGCCUUCUGGUUGUCUAACGUGCACGAGAUGCUAUCAUUCGUAUUCCUUGCCGAGGAUUGGUACGAGGCCCAAAAGACGGACAACUACGAGUACGACCGUCUUCUGGAAAUUGUGAAGCAUGACCUUGAGAGUCUAGAAUUCAACAUAUAUCAUACGUGGAUGAAGAUAAUCAAGAAGAAGCUUCAAAAGAUGAUCAUUCCAGCCAUCAUCGAAUCCCAAUCACUACCUGGCUUCGUUACGAACGAAAGCAACAGGUUCCUCGGCAAGCUACUGGCGACCAACUCGCAGCCAGCCUACAGCAUGGAUAACCUCCUCAGCCUGCUAAAUAACGUUUUCAGGGCGAUGAAGGCUUACUACCUGGAGGACAGCAUCAUAACCCAAACCGUCACGGAACUUCUCAAGUUGGUGGGCGUCACCGCCUUUAACGAUCUGCUCAUGAGGAGAAAUUUCCUCUCAUGGAAGCGUGGUCUGCAAAUCAACUACAAUAUCACUCGAAUCGAAGAGUGGUGCAAGAGUCAUGACCUGCCCGAAGGCAUUCUGCAGCUUGAGCAUCUUAUGCAAGCAACCAAGCUCCUGCAGCUGAAGAAGGCAACUCUCAACGAUAUUGAGAUUAUCCAAGAUAUUUGCUGGAUGCUAUCUCCCAAUCAAAUCCAGAAGCUUCUGAACCAGUACCUGGUAGCAGAUUACGAGCAGCCUAUCAACGGAGAAAUCAUGAAGGCUGUCGCGUCUAGGGUAACGGAGAAGAGCGAUGUCCUUCUGCUCCAGGCUGUGGAUAUGGACGACAGCGGGCCGUAUGAGAUCGCAGAACCCCGCGCUAUUACCGCUCUGGAGACAUACACCCCGUCAUGGCUACAAACCCCUCGACUGAAGAGGUUGGCAGAGAUAGUGUCUGCUCAGGCCAUCGCGCAGCAAGAGAAGAUGGAAGCGGACGAAUACGACGGUGAUGGCGAGUUAGCCGAGGUCGACGAAGUUGAGACCGGUAGCGCGUAGAACAGCAAUACGGACGACUCAAAACCCGGCAGACCUAAGGUGCCACGUCUUCCCUUCCCAGUAAGUAUAUGGCGAGGUCCAGGCGGGUAGAGGCGAGGGAGCGAACAUGUCACGA